GCACGUACCGCUGAGUUGGACGGAAGUCGUCGCGUCGCGUUCGGUUUCUUGUCGAUCGUCGGCUUUUUUUACAUUUGAAAAAAGUUGUUUAAAAAGUGUUUGCGAUCUUGGUGUAGAUUUUUCUGUUCCGAAAAGUUCGUGUUACGUGAAAAGUGUUUUUUGUUUCUCGCUUCCUGGUUAAAUCAAAGUGUGUCAAUCAUAAAUCAGGGUUUUCAGAAACAAUUCACACCUGUCAGUAGGGUUUCGUACAAGUGAGAGGGAGAGAGUGAUUGACUGAUCUCAAAAUGUGUGAUUCCAACGGGUUCAAGAACGGUGGUUCCAGCGAUUCCCAGAAUGGGUCCCACGAGAACGGGAACCAGCACCGGAAGCAGGAUGAGGAGGAAGAAACGGUUUAUCAUCCGGACACGAGAUACAAUGAUGGAUCAGUUCGGCUUCGGAAUCCCAACAUCGAACUCAUGGACCAGGACAUUCUGUACCAUCUGGCACUGGGCAGCGGCAGCCAUGAUCUGGUGGAGAUGUUUGGAGAUGUCAAGUUUGUCUGCAUGGGCGGCACCCCGAAGCGCAUGGAGAACUUUGCACACUUCAUCAUGGACGAGAUCGGCUACAAGCUGCCCGCCGGAACCCAGCUGCAGGACAUCAGCGCGUUCUCCUACCGGUACUCGAUGUACAAGGUCGGCCCAGUGCUGUCCAUCAGCCACGGCAUGGGCGUGCCCUCGCUCGGUAUUUUGCUGCACGAGAUGAUCAAGCUGAUGUACCACGCCAAGUGCAAGAACCCGAUCUUCAUGCGGAUCGGAACGUGCGGCGGAAUCGGCGUCGAGGGCGGCACCGUCGUCAUCACCGAGGACGCCGUCGACGGGCUGCUGCGGAGUACCCACGAGCUGGCUGUCCUGGGUAAAAUUGUCCAUCGUCCAGCUAUUCUCGACAAACGCCUAGUGCGGGAGCUGAAAUCGCUUGCGUCACAGGACGACCCCUACGACACGAUCGUCGGCAAGACCAUGUGCACGUCGGACUUUUACGAAGGUCAAGGUCGCCUGGACGGUGCGUUCUGCGAGUUUAGCGAGACGGAAAAGAUGGAGUACCUCGAGAAGCUGCACGACUUUGGCGUCGUGAACAUCGAGAUGGAGUGCACCAUCUUCGCGGCGCUCACGCACUACGCCGGCAUCAAGGCGGCGAUCGUGUGCGUCACGCUGCUGGACCGGCUCAAGGGCGACCAGGUGAUGUCGCCGAAGGAGGUCAUGAACGAGUGGCAGCAGCGGCCGCAGAUUCUCGUGUCGCGGUUGAUCCGCAAACACCUGGCCCAGGCCGGCCACCUCAAAGCGCUCGCGUCCCUGCCCAGUGCGAUCAAGUCGCCGCGACGCUUCAAGCUGGUCCAGCAGGAGUCGGAAGCGCACGAGUAAGCGCACGACGGGCAGACGACUUCCACACAGACAAGCAAGUAUAUUUACACAAACUCAUAUAAAAUUAACAAAAUUUGCCUGGCCGUGCCAUGGCGCAAGCUUUGGCCUGGUGUUCGUUACUUAGAAGAAACAAAAAGACAAGUUUUCGUCGGGAUACGAAGCAGAAGAUUAGGUGUUAGGGCAAACCCCCUCCACCCUCCCGCUGAAUGCACAUUCCAGUUAGCAAACAUUCGUUCUAACCUAAAAAAAUAAUUGCGGCCUGGCAUAUAUCGAACCGGGAAGAGAGCAGAAGGUAUCGUGAUAUUGCAAGCUUAGCCUAACUAGAACAAUAUUUCACCGUAAAUGAAGCGAUGGUUAGUUUGUUGUGACUUACGUUCAAUAAAUGACGUUUUCAACCAUAAAUGCUUUGUAAGCCCACUGAAAAAAUAACGGUGAAAUGUAUUUUAACUUAGAAGUGUGGUUUCGCGUUAGAGUGUUGCGAUGUAAACAAAGUGUUGUCAUUCUUUUUCAUCUUACACUCUGACAGGAAAUUAUGCAUUUUGAGUUAUAACAACUUCCAACAUAUUUUUUCAGUGGGUUUAAACACUACUUUCAAUUGAGUAAUUUUUCCUAACCAAUAGAAGAGUAAAAACCAACAAUUUUGCUUUAAACAAAAAAAAAAGAUUCAUAUUUUUCGUUUGCUUCUUGGAAAACAUUGUUCAAAAUUGAUCUGAUUAAACUUCUUUAAAAAAUGAGAAAAAAAAAACAUCAAUAUCUAAUGAAAACGACAAUAUGCGCCCAGCAAACUAUGUACGGCAAGCCUACAUAAUUAGCGUGCGCAGAGAGAACUAAAACCGGCUAGGAACAGUUUCAUGAGUAAAAAAAAUCGUUUUAAAAACGUUUUAUCGAAUAGACAACGAGAAAAGCAAAUGUGACCCGAUUUUGAGAAUAUUUUUUUCUGUUCGUUCGUUUUAAAUCGUUACUACUAAGCGUUAUUCGAUAGUUGUAUUAUUAUAUAUCCUCCAAUUGAAACACACCGUAUAUUAGCGUUAAUUGAGCAACUAAAGUUGCGGUAAUAUUAAGCGUCGAAAAAUAAAGCAAAUGAAAAAUUACAACAAAAAACAACUUCAAAUUGUCUUUUUUAGUUAUGCGUUCUGAUCAUAUAGUUGACAAAACAUCAAUGGAAGGCUCUAAAAAUGCAUUUAAAGAUUUAGACGAGUGAACUUAAAGCCAUAUCAUUUUGUUUACAAUCUUUUUCAAAAUAUAACCUAAACUAUGGGAGCUCUUUCUUUUCGAAAUUAAUUUUGAAUAACCAUUACCACUAUUGGAUGUUAAACACAGAAACACUACUCACUACUCAAAAAGAAAA